AUGGUUGAUUCUCCAAAGCUAUUCCUUCUUCUCUGCACUAUUUCUUUCCUCUCAGGCGUUUCCUUCGCUGACCCACCAUAUAAAAAUUGUUCAACGAGCAGUAAUUACAUCAAAGGAAGCUCCUUUCAGAACAACCUCAACUACAUCCUUGGUUCUCUAUCUUCCAGUGCUUCAAUCUCCAAAUCUUACAACGUCUCUUGUGGAGAAAACCCAGACAGAGUUUAUACCCUCUUCUUGUGCCUCGACUAUGUUUCAAAUCAAACAUGCCAAGAUUGCAUAGCCACGGCAACACAAGACAUUCUUAAACUUUGUCCCCAAGCAGAAGAAGCAGUUGUAUCUUUCAAUGCUCCUUCAUACUUGUAUGCUAUUGGAGAGGCAACCUUUGAAGAGAAAACAGUAUAUGGCUUAGUUCAAUGCACCAGAGAUUUAUCAGCUAGUGAUUGUGGUACAACAGACAAGGCAGGGAUGAUUACAGGAAUUAUAGCAGCGAUUGGCUUGGCAAUAGCGAUUUCAAGUUUCAGCGUUUACUUCCUUAGGAUGAAGAAGAGAACUCAGAAAAGUAAGGGAGGAAAAGACAGUCAUGUGAUGGAUCUUCAUGCCUUUGGACAGAGAGGUGAAACAGUGUUCCAAAGUCACCAAGAUUUUCGUGGAAGAAAUGAUAAGAUAUCUGAGGAUUUGCCUUACUUUGAUCUUGAAAGUCUUUGUUGCUACCAAAAACUUUUCUGA